CAUGUGCGUGAGGAACGGUCAGCGUGGUGAGUCGGCUCGCCGCUAUAGUACUUAGGUGGAAAUCGUUCAUUUUCAACGAGAAUGUAUCGGGUAUAAGUGAAUGGUUCCUUUCACGAGAAGAUCCGUCGGUAGGCAGGCAGCUUUAGGGCGGGGACUCUAUUGAUUUAAAUUUGGUUUGCCGGUGCGCGUGUCAAUAGUCAACACACUGCCGCGAAGAGCGCGCGCUCAAGCACCAACCGUUUACACCGCUCCGUGUUGUUCGGAUCUAAAGGUUAGGCCCUUCCCGGUGCAGUCACUAAAGAUAUGUCGUCUAGUAUGAAAAACGGAACGAUCAACGUUACGGAUCAUUUGAAUGGACCCACUCGCUUCCAGAGCGUCAUACCGCAAAAAAGGCAAGAGUUAUUGAAGUGGAAUGGCUGGGGAUACAAGGAUUCGGAAUUUCGCGUUAACGAAAGGAAUAUCCUCGAGUUUACUGGCAAUCGGUAUCCAAUUGGAAACAAAGAACUUCCAUAUUUCACUCAAUGGGUCCAAGACGUGCUGGGCGUGAAUUUAACCAGGAAGAAUGUGUCCCAACCUGUGCCAACAAACUUACCAGAACCGAUUAUAUCGCCGGAACACUUGGAAGCUAUUCAGGAAUUAAAAAUCGAAUACUCCACAAAAGGAAUCGAUCGACUCGUCAGAGCACACGGGCACACACUUCGAGAAAUCUUUACUCUGAAGCAUGGGACGUUCAAAAGACUACCAGACGUGGUCCUCUGGCCAAGGUGUCACGAGGACGUCGUGAAAAUAAUCAAACUAUGCGCUCGGUAUGGAUCAGUCUGUAUACCGUUCGGAGGUGGAACCAGCGUCAGUGGCGCCUCCUCUUGUCCAGUGAACGAACGAAGGACGAUAAUUUUAUUGGACACCUCGCAGAUGAAUAGAAUAUUAUGGAUAGAUAGGGAAAAUUUAAUCGCCUGUUGCGAGUCCGGUAUCGUCGGUCAGGAUCUUGAGAAACAACUGCGCCUCCAAGGUCUGACUUCCGGUCACGAGCCCGAUUCUUACGAAUUUUCUAGCUUAGGCGGAUGGGUCGCGACGAGGGCGAGCGGCAUGAAGAAGAAUCGAUAUGGAAAUAUCGAGGAUCUAGUCGUUCGAGUGAGGAUGGUUACUGGCAGAACGGAGGAUCCCGAGAUAACGUUGGAAAGGGGCAUACUGGUGCCCCGGGCCUCGUGCGGGCCCGAUUUCGAUCAUAUAAUCCUGGGUAGCGAAGGAACGCUGGGCGUCGUCACGGAAGUAGUGUUGAAGAUUAGACCAAUACCAAAAGUAGUUAAAUACGGUAGCGUAGUUUUCCCGAAUUUUCAAACCGGCGUACAGGCACUGCGUCAGGUAGCCAAAGAACGAUGCCAACCGGCCAGUAUACGUUUGAUGGACAACGAACAGUUUCAGUUCGGUCAGGUGCUACGACCAGAGACCGGCUGGGGCGGUUUGAUUCUACAGGGACUGAAACAAGCCUACAUCACGAGGAUAAAGCGUUUCAAGUGGGAUCAGUUGUGCGUUGCCACGCUGCUGUUCGAGGGCAGCACCUCCGCGGACGUGGCGGCGCAGGAGCGAAAGAUAUACGAUAUCGCGAAACAGCACUACGGCGUGCCAGCGGGAGAAACGAACGGCGAGCGUGGAUACGUUCUCACGUUCGUGAUCGCGUACAUACGCGACCUCGGUCUCGAGUAUUACGUUUUGUCAGAGUCGUUCGAGACCUCCGUCUCCUGGAAGCACGCUCUGUCGUUGUGCAGAAACGUGAAGUCGCGCGUGGCCAGGGAGUUUUACGGUCGCAACAUCGAACAGUACUUCGUCUCUUGUCGCGUCACGCAAACGUACGACGCCGGCUGUUGCGUGUACUUUUACAUGGCGUUCAAUUAUCACGAUCUUCCGGACCCGGUCGAGACCUACGAGACGAUCGAGCACGCGGCGCGCGAGGAGAUCCUGGCGAACGGUGGUUCCUUGUCCCACCACCACGGCGUGGGCAAGCUGCGCUCGUGUUUCUAUACGGACGCCGUCGGGGAAGUGGGCGUGUCCUUGUACAGGGCGGCCAAAUCACACCUGGAUCCCCACAACAUAUUCGCGGCCGGGAACCUGGAUCCAAACUGCAUAUCGAAACUGUGAACUCUAACACACCCGACGAAACAUUGUGAUAGUUCAGAAUCUUGUCGCUAUAGGGGGAUUAUUUAACACGUGGGAGUAUUAUGGUUCUUAUUAAGAGAAAUUCGUUAGACGACUAAGACAAUCGGUGUUUGCCCUUUACUAAAACACGUCUCCGACGGUCAUAGAAGUGGUGUGUGAAAUUAAAAAAAAAAGAAGAGAGACUAGUAUAAUACACGAAAUAAAUAUGCACCAUGGUGUUUAGUUGGUACAAAUACCGGGAUUUGUAUUUGUAUCGACAUUUUUAUAAGUUAUUAUAAAUAAACAAGACUCGCUUACUUAUAGUACUUAAUCAACAUUAUCUGCAGCUUAUUUAUCCGAAUUAUUUGUUCUCGAUAAGUAAUUCGUAGUUUUGUUUUUUUUUUUUCCUAAUAAAAGAAUAUUCGUUAC